GCAACAACCUUUAACCACGUUUAGUCAAUCUUACCUUAUAAGCAGAAGCUAUGAUAUUAUGAUAUGAUGAGAUACUCAUAUUACUUCUAUGAUUAAGAUUAACUAUAUAACCUGGAAGUUAUUAAGGUACAAAAACUAAUUUAGCUGGUAAGAAUAUUCUGGUCUGACUACCUUAGCUACGUGUAAUGACCACCCCCGUUGCUUGGGCCUUGGAUUAAGCUCUGGCUAUCGUUUGAGAUGGAAGCUUUCUGAGGCCUCUUUCUUAAACACGAGUCUAUUAGUAUGAUGAUGGUUUUAGGAGGAAGUAUAUACGAAACUCCCGCUAUGCAAAAGGAUAACUUAGGUACCUAACCUAAACAAUAAGCAGUGCCACGUUUCUUUUAUUUCAUUCAUCCGCCUACACACGAUCCUUUACCCGUUACGCACGGCCGUUUUGAUGUAAUCUACCUAAUUUAAACUGCUUCCUCGGCCACUCUCUUACAAUACCUGCUGUGGUCAAAUACAACAUUGUAUCCAGGUGGGAUAACUUGAAGCAAGAUAAAAAUGGACUUCGUAACUCUCCCAGCCGAAGUUCGGCUGUCAAUACUAGAAAUGGUGGCUGAUUCCUCGACGGAGAUGACAAUCGAAUACGCUACCGUCUCUAAAGAGUGGCAGUCGGUCUUCGAGAAAAAGCAUUUCGAGCGGAUUCUCUUGUCGUCCCGGCGUUUGAAGAGUUUCGCUCAGAUUGUACAAGGAUCGAGGAGAAAGCUAGUGAAGCAUAUCUGGUUAAGGGCGGAAUUUGACGACGACGACAACCCCGGAUUUCGAUCCCCUAUAAGUCUUAUAGAUGAACCCGAAUUUUUCAAUACAAUUGAGAGGCUCCUCCGAAUACUCAGCACCUGGGAAAGGCCCGUCGAUUUGAACAAGGAAGGGUUGACACUUGAGCUGUCCGCGUGGUCUCUGUGCGAUAACGAGUUUGACCUAAGAUUUGUGAAUGAUCCGUACUCAGAAUCCUUCAGGAGGGUUAGGUUUACCAUUAAUCACAAUAUGCUGUCCGGAUCGACGUUUGGUCGCGCCUUUCCUUCUCGGGGGGCCUCAUCGCGCUCUAGUAACGACUUGGCGAUAAAAGCGGAAGGUACAGCAACAGAAGAUAUGCCUAAAGUCGAUAUAGUCACUACGUUUCUUCUUCGUCGACAGUAUUAUGCUCGUGUAUCCUCAGACCGUAUCGCACAAAUUUUCGGAAGCUUGGUUGGGUUGGAACGAAUUAUUUACGAACCACCAGAAAGCGCAGGUAACGUCCUUGAAACUUUGCAGGAGAAACGCCAUUGGCUUCUUUCCGAUAAUAACCUUCCGCAAACACUUAAGCAACUGACCAUUUUCGAAGACCCUUUUCACCGCAACUCCCUUAUGGCUUCGAAUCGAGUAUGUGCUGCGAAUAAUCCUGAGAUCGCUAUGACCUUGUUUAGAGAGAGUCUAAAUCUGGAGCACUUGUCUGCGUCUUUCAUAGUGGAUGCCAAGGACUUCUUCCAACCAUUCUGGCCGUCAACCCUAGCUUAUACAAACUGGACCUGGCAUAAACUAAAAACUAUAGCUCUUACAUCGAAACUUCUAGAUCCGUAUCAAUCGUCAGAGGAGGUUAACGGCUUACUUUAUGUCGCGGGUAUCGCCGCGAGAAAUAUGCCUGCUCUCCGAGUGAUGGAAAUUUGGAAUGGAUUCAGAACAAGCUACGGUUGCUUUUUUCGUUAUUACGAUGAUGGAAGUGCUAGCACUAUUACGUGGCGGGGUACUUGGGAACUUGAUUUAGAGCCAAGGGUUAUGUAUUGUUGGACUGAGACGGUGCGCAAGAAUACCGGCUAUCACGACGUUGGAUUCCGCGAUAUGGAAUUGCCAAUAGAUGGUACAAGCUUCCCAGCUUCUAUUCUUCGCCAUCUUAAGCUAAAAGACCAAAUUGCACAUCCGAUGUCGCUUCACCAGCUUCAACUUUUAGGGGAGCCGAGAAGACAUAAUCAGUGGUUUUACUACUAGAGAUAGGUACAUAAGUGCUGGUCUUCAUAUAGUAGU